AGAACAGAUUAUUCGUUUUGUGUGGAUUGAAGUUUGGAUUGAAUAAUUAGGCCAAAGGAAACAGCAAGUGCGCAUUAACCCACCUCCCGAAUGCGUUACUUUUUUAAGAGCUUCAACCAAUAUUCUGACCCAAAUUCUACAUUUCAUAAUAUGAAAUUUCCAAGUUUCCACAUUUUUCUUCGGGGUAUUAAAAUAGCAACAAAAAUCCUUUCCCUUUUUCCCUAUAAGCUUCAUUUCAUUCAAUUCGGACUUUGUACAACUUUUGAUUUCUCCCUGCUCCCGCUUUCAACUUCACCCUCGUUUCUUCCCCUCUACAAGUUUCCUGUUUCAUUCGUGGGGAAGACGAGUCAACCGAUUUCUAAGUGCCGCCAUGCCAUAGUUUAUCGCCUAUGAAUUUUCUGUAAUCGUGAAGUUGAUCGUCUUUCUUCUGUGGAAUUGCUGAGUUUCUGAGCCUGAUGAUUCACAGUUGUAGAUGAAGCAUUUUGGAAAGAAACCAUUUACAAUCUGAAUGACACCGCUACAACGUUAGCGGUGGGGAAAAGAGUGUCGGAAUAGUCAUAUUGAAUAACAGAUCAGAGAUUGACUGCAGCAAAAGGAGAAGUAAUUAACAGGUAGUAAGUAGAGAUGAAGCAUUUUGAGAAUGGUGAAUCUGACUUGGAAGAGGGUAAAAUGGGAAAGGACAGAGACAAAACAUUACGCAAUAACAGGGUAUUUAGAUUACAUAACCAGGCCUUAUUGUCUGGCCUUGCAUACUGCAUUUCUUCGUGCAGCAUGAUACUAGUAAACAAAUUUGUGCUUUCCAGUUAUGAUUUCAAUGCUGGGAUAUCAUUGAUGGUCUAUCAGAAUUUUGUAUCAGUGAGUAUUGUAACCAUAAUGAAUUUUAUGGGCAUAAUAUCCACAGAACCACUAACUUGGAGACUGGUUAAAGUGUGGCUGCCUGUUAAUGUUAUCUUUGUUGGGAUGCUCAUUACGAGUAUCUUCAGUUUGAAAUACAUUAAUGUUGCUAUGGUCACAGUUCUGAAGAAUGUUACCAAUGUAAUAACUGCAGUUGGUGAAAUGUAUCUAUUCGGCAAGCAUCAUGACAACAGGGUCUGGGCUGCACUGUUCCUCAUGAUAAUCUCAGCAAUUACUGGGGGGCUUACUGAUUUAUCUUUUCAUGCGGUUGGGUAUGCCUGGCAAAUUAUCAACUGCUUCUUGACUGCAUCGUAUUCUCUGACUCUACGGAGGGUAAUGGACACAGCAAAGCAGCUAACCAGAUCUGGAAAUUUGAAUGAGUUCUCAAUGGUCCUCCUAAAUAACACUCUUUCUCUACCUCUUGGGAUAUUUCUUGUUUUUGUGUUUAACGAGAUUGAUUAUCUCUCAAGAACACCGCUUUUGAGAUUGCCGAUGUUCUGGCUGGUGAUUACAUUCAGUGGUGUUUUGGGUCUAGGAAUUAGUUUCACCUCCAUGUGGUUUCUCCAUCAAACUGGGGCAACAACCUACAGCCUAGUGGGUUCACUAAACAAGAUCCCUCUCUCUAUUGCUGGUAUCCUCCUUUUCAAGGUCCCUACAAGUGUGGAGAACUCGGCGAGUAUAUUUUUCGGGCUUUUGGCUGGUGUGUUUUUUGCAAGAGCCAAAAUUCGAGAGAGAAGUUAAUCCUCAUAAGUGACAAUCGAAAAAGGACUUUUCCUCGACCUUGUUUCGUAUCGAACUACUGCUUGCUGAAGCUGGUUUGCAGUUGACUGUAAUUUGAAAUAGAAAAUGGAGCCAUUUCUCAUUGCUGCAGUUCAUUUUUUUUUGUUGGCUGAGGUGGUUUUCAGCUUUGUAAUUGGGAUGAGGCUGAAGAGAAUUUUGUUGAAAUCCAAUUUUGAGUUGGCUCUGUUUGUUGUAAUGAAGGAAAGACAAUGCAAGCUCAUUGAUUGUUGAAGUAAAGGAUGUUACUGUUCUCUGUCGUUUUUAAUAGUUGUAAUUAUGGGACAUUCUGGAUUUGUAAAUUUGUCUAAAUAAUUAAAAAAAAAAAAAGUUUAAACCCUU